CUGCACCUGACAAGAUGAAGAGCCGGAUCCCUGUGGUGCUGCUGGCCUGUGGCUCCUUCAACCCCAUCACCAACAUGCACCUGCGCUUGUUUGAAGUGGCCAGGGACCACCUACACCAAACAGAAAUUCACAUUAGACAAGUGUUGGAACUCCUGGCUCGAGCCUCCAGUUUUGCCUUCCUUGCAGCCUGUGGCUCCCUCACGUUUGUCUUCUGGUCCUUCCUCCGCCUGACUCCCUCGCUGCUGCCAUCCAGCACAGUGUAAAUCAGUGAGGGCAGGGGCUGGUCCGCAGCAUCAUCACCUGCUGCCCUAGACCCAACGCCACCCCCAGCAAGCAACGCGCAGCUGGCAAAUGUUGAGAAAAUACCAGGUGGUCGCGGGGAUCGUCUCUCCCGUCAAUGACAGCUACAGGAAGAAAGACCUUGUGGCCGCCCGGCACCGAGUGGCCAUGGCACGGCUGGCCCUUCAGACGUCCGACUGGAUCCGAGUGGACCCCUGGGAGAGCGAGCAGGCGCAGUGGAUGGAGACGGUGAAGGUGCUCAGCCACGCCCGAGCUGAAGCUCCUGUGCGGGGCAGACUUCCUGAAGAGCUUCAGGGUGCCCAGCCUCUGGGAGGACGCGCACGUGCAGGAGAUCGUGGGCAAGUUCGGCGUGGUGUGCGUGGGCCGCGCCGGGCACGACGCCGAGGCCUGCGUGGCGGACUCGCCCAUCCUGCGCAGGCACCGCCACAACAUCCACCUGGCCCACGAGUCGGUGCUGACCGCGCUCAGCGCCACGUACGUGCGCCGGGCCUUGGCGCGGGGACGCAGCGUCAAGUACCUGCUGCCCGACGCCGUCCUCGCCUACAUCCAGGCGCACGGGCUGUACGGGGCGGGCAGCACGAGCUAGGGCGCGCGUUCUGCUCCGUGGGGCUCUUUUCCAGUUUCCACUGGUUGUCUUCCCGCGGGGACUCUGCUUUCCGGGAGAGACGCAUUCUUUGGAGGAGCAGAACCCGCCUCCGAUUCCAGGACAGACUUUGCCCACGGAUGUGAAAGCCGCUAUCGUGGACCGGGGUCGUCAUCUGGCGGGUGGGGGUGUGCUGGGUGCAGGAGACGCCCUGGUUGGAGCACCUGAUGCUAACGGAAGCGUCAGAAACCUGACCCUUCUCCCCCUGCAACCCAGCCUGCCCUGCGCACUGGCCUUGC